UUAUGCAUAUAUAGUCUGCGUGGUGGACCAAGCUCGUUAGUAUUGCAUAGCAGUGACUGUGAAGUGCGUCGUCCGCAAAAAAAUAAAAUUAUCUUCAAGAUGGCUCCGCGAGAGAAAGUGGAAUUUGUGCUGGUGCGUUUGGCCUUUGUUCCUUACAUAAAUCCUCUGUACCCGCGCAUCAGCUACCAGAUCAGAAAGCAUGCUCCCACUGGAUCGAUUAUCCAAGUGCGCGAUUGGUUCGAGCACGUGAUGAUGCGGGAGCGCUCCAAGCUGCCCCCCGAUGCGAAUAUACGCUACGCAGAGUGGCGCAUCAUCACCGGCGACAUGGAGCUGUUUCAGGUGCAGGGCGUCCGCUUCGACAAGAUCAUGCUGGUGCUGGGCGAGGAAAACAUCUCGUGGGUGUUCUAUCAGAACACGCCGCUUUUCCGCCGUAUCGAGGGCAGCGCCUGCUUCCCUGUUAGCUACUGCGGAUGCUGCCUGAACAACCAGUACCUGGACAUCAUGGCGAAAAUCAAACAAACUGUGUCAAGGAAAAAGAUACGAUGAAAUAAAUAUAUCGAGUACUAAUGGAAA